AGUGGGUUCUGUCACGUGACUCUCAUCACAUUAUUGUGGCUUUGAGGCUCCAUGGGAUUCAAAAUACUGGCCAGAGUUAUUUAAGAUUGCACUUUAUUACAAUAUAUUAAAUAUAAAUAUAUUAAUUCUACAAUACAUUUAUUAUAUAAUUUUAAAUUACUUAAAAUAAUUAAAAGGACAAAUUCUGGACCUUUUGGUCGUGGGGAACAACCCAAACCCCCCCUGGCUACGAGCAUGAAUACUGAGGAUUCCUUACCUAAGCAACUACUUAAAGUCUUCUUCUAUCGGUUAUUUUCACAAUUUAGGAUGGUAUACUGUCAAAUAUUGGACAAAUGAGCUCAUAUGGGCUAAAUUCUGGACUUUGUCAGUAGGGAUGGUGUGUCUUCCGAACCCCCCACUGGUUACUGGCCCCGGUUGUGUGUUAUUAAUGUACACAGUGUGUUACAAAAAUGAAAUGAAUAUCAUUUCUAGUAUUGCAUGUUUUAUUAAAGAUAUACAAAUGGGAUUAAAAAUAAAUUAUUUGUAUGCUUUUAUUACAAUUACACAUUGUAAUAAUGGAUUUUAUAAAUGAUAAAACUAAAGCAAAUUAUGAAUAUUGAUCAUUUCAUGCUAGUUUUUACUACAACAAAGUGAAUAUUGUUUUAUAUUGACUAUUGUUGCGUAGAAAACAUUACAUUUUUUAAUUGUAAAUAUGAUUAUGUCAACUGAAAUACUUUAAUAAUUAUUUAAUAAAGUAAAAAGUUUUCAGUACAUCGAUGUACCAUUUUAGCAUAAAAUGAAGUCAUAAUUCGAGGUGUGGAACACAUUAAUGUAUACUCAAAACUAACUUUUAAUUUUAUUUGUGUAAUAUUUUAUAGUUAAAAUAUGAGUGUGUGUGUGUGUUCACGGCAUGUGUCAUCUACAGUGUCAUUAAAUAACAGAACAUGAAUUAUUUUUGCCUAAAUGGUGUGUGCAUGUCAGCAGAAUGUGUAGCCUGGAUGAGGUUCCGUUUAACUUUGCUCUGGGGAUACAGAUGGGUCAAAGAGAGCCGCUUACACCUCCUGAACUGAACAUCCCAGACUGCGCUCAAAUACUGCGCGAUACAAAGUAUUCCUUCUCUCUGGAGAAGCGGAUCAUGGCUGCAUGGGAAGAGCAGCAGCGGAAGAACAGGAAGUUCAAAAAGAUCCCGCAGAGUGUGUGUCCCACCUGCCCACCGCACUGGCUAAUGUUCAGCAGCCCGCAGCAGAACCGCAUGUGGUGCUUCGGAAAUGCAGAAUUAUGGGAACUGAGCCCACGCCCCCGCAGCUUAAGCCUGAGUGCUGCUGACUCACGUAAGCUCCGCCCACUGCGGGCGGUCCAGUUCCUCAUCGCUGACACGGACUGUGAGAGCGGCUACGGUGAAGACAACGACAGCUCGUCUAGUGAGGAUGAAGCUGUUUGGAGCAAAGAAAGACCCAAGAGUUCUGGUUCUCAGUGUCCUCGAGUUUCAGUCCAUCACACUCAGCGAGGCUCCACCCCUCGUCCCACCCCUUCUGUCAAUCUCCCAAAGCCACGCCCAAGCUCUGCCUCUUCUGUAAAGGACAUCAGGAAGCCGGUCCCUCCUGCCCUCAGCCAGACGCCGCAGGGCAGUCCUCACAGCUCCAGAGCACCACGCCGAAAACCUGCUAUAGUGAGAACCAGUGGCCGACGGAGCUUACACACUCUCCUACAACCCAGACCCUCAUCUGCAGGACCACUGCCCUCCUGCAGGCGCCAGAAACCUUCCUCGCAUGUUGUGCGUCCGCGGACGUCUGCAGGACUACAGGAUGCUCCAGCAGAUCUGCUGUGUGCUUUGAGUCAGGAAGAAAGGGAUCUUCUUGAAGGCGUUAUAAAACACGGAUACACCCUGCACACUGCCAUACUAGCUCUACAGAAGACAGGACCCAAGAGCCCUGAUCAGAUUUUGAGUUAUUUGAUGUCAUGUGACCGUCUGUGUCGACUGGGUUAUGAGAAGACUCAAGUGGAAGAAGCUUUGGAGAUGUUCCAGAACUGUGAGAGCAAAGCUUCUGAGUUCCUGUUCCUGCUGUCUCAGUUCUGUGAGAUGGGUUUCCAGCAGAGCACCAUUAAAGAAGUUCUACUGGUUCACGAGAACCAUAAAGAGAAAGCCCUGGAGGAGCUUAUGACACGCAGCGGCUGAGGACACAAGAGAUGAUCCUCGCUUAUGUGCACAAAUGAAUGGCUUCAGCAUGAAUGAGGAAUUGAAGAAAUCCUUAGCACCAUGAAUGAAUCCUCAGCUACUCUAUAUGAGAAUGUGAAUCAGUCUUCAUCUCCUUUAAUGAAUUAAUAAAUCCCUAUAUUCAGCUUUAUAAAUUAAUGUAUGAAGCCUUUUGAAUCCUUCGCAGUUUUAAUACUUCAGUUUUUCCUUGAAGAAGUCAUGUUUGGUGAUUGAUAUAUAUUAUAUUGAGGAUCUGUAGAUCUGAAUGCGUACUGACAAAGAUUAAUCAUCUAGGUGAUGAGGGGAAUGGUGACAAAGAUUCAUCAGCUAGCAAAAAA